AUGGCACGCUACACCGGCGGCCUAACCACGGACUCGCAAUUCAACCUCCAGGCGCUGCAGCACAAACUCAAUCAGAAGCUCGGGCCCGAAUAUCUUUCUACGAGGCCCGGCGGCGGCGGCUCGAAGCUCACGUACACGGCGGGCUGGCAGAUCAUCAACCUCGCGAACGAGGUUUUCGGGUUCAACGGCUGGAGCACGAACGUGAUCAGUCUGACGGUCGACUUCUGCGAUGAGACGAAGAGUGGGCGGUUUAGCACGGGGGUGACGUCGAUCCUGAGGGUAACGCUGAGGGACGGGGCGUUCCACGAGGAUAUUGGGUACGGGCAGGCGGACAAUAUGCCCAAUAAGGGCCAGGCAUUGGAUAAGGCUAAGAAGGAGGCUGUGACGGAUGGAAUGAAGCGCGCGCUGAGGCACUUCGGCAAUGUGGUGGGAAACUGCCUAUACGACAAGUCCUACACAGACAGGGUGGCGAAGAUGAAG